UUUGAUGGAGAUGUUUACGCAACUUCAAUUUGCAUCUGAAUUCACUCCUUUUUUCGGCUUCGAAGAUUUCCAUAUAAUCCCAUCUGAAAGUCUGCAUCUACACCCUCUUAUUCCUCAUCCACUCACACUAUAACAUAAAGGAGCAUUAUCUUGAGAUCGACACAGAAUCAUCUAGCUGUGAUAUUUCUUCCUCAUCUAUCUCCAUCCCUUCGACCUCACAUCCUUCUCUUCCUCAGUCUCACAACUUUCUUCAAAAUGAGGGUCACCAUCGACAAGCCAUCUUUCCACAGCCGCAGCCUCUCUGUGCCGGCACCUCCUACACCUCCCCCCGAAGCAUUGGGCCUCAAUUUCCCCGGUUUCGAUACCUUCAAGGCCAACUUUGACCUCCCCCUCACACCUGUUACACCGCCGCCAGAGUACAAGGAGCACCCUUUCUCUCACAACGACUGCGUCCUCGACCUCUCUCCCGUCGUCGACCCAAAUGAUCAACCCCUCGUGGCCGUCAUUGGCGUCGGCUACGUCGGCACUCACCUCGUCGAGUCAUUCUCCGCCCACUACGACGUCCUCGGCUUCGAUGUGUCAGAAAAGAGAAUCAGCGAGAUCCGCGCAGAGCUCCCAAGCGACCGCAUCCGCUUCACAACCUCCAAGCCAGACCUCCACGAAGCUACCCACUUCCUCAUCUCCGUCCCGACCCUCCUCAAGGCGGACAAGUCCAUCGACACCUCCUACCUCCAGUCCGCCAUCGCCACAGUUGCCCAGCACGCACGACCAGGCUCCACCGUCGUGAUAGAGAGCUCCGUCGCAGUGGGCAUGACACGCAGCCUCCUCGGCCCCGUCGCCACCGCCCACGGCUUCUACGCCGGCAUGUCCCCAGAGCGCGUCGACCCAGGACGCAUCGAGCCCCCCUGCCACGCGAUCCCCAAAUCCGUCUCGGGCCUCGACGACGAGAUCCCCGGGUCGCUGGCCUCGGUCAUGCGUCUCUACAACCAGAUAUUUGACCGUCUCGUGCCCGUCAGCCGCACAGAGGUCGCCGAGAUGAUGAAGCUCUACGAGAACUGCCAGCGCAUGAUGUGCAUCGCCUUUGCCAACGAAAUGGCAGACGCCUGCAUCCCGCACAGCAUCGAUCUCUACGAGGUCGUCGCCGCCGCGUCCUCCAAGCCCUUUGGCUACAUGCCCUACACCCCUUCCCUCGGCGUUGGCGGCCACAGCAUCCCCGUCAACCCGUACUACCUCCUUUCCAACAGCGCUUUCCCCUUGCUGGAAGCCGCCGCCGAGAAGAUGGCUGCACGCCCGGCCGCUAUUGCCCGCCGCGCUAUCGAUUCGUUGACGAGAGACGCCAAAACUGGGGCUGCCUCGGCUCUGGUUCGUCCUCGUGUCCUUGUCGUCGGUGUGGGCUUCAAAACUGGCCAAUCUGUCCUGAGCAACUCACCGGGUGUCGACCUCGUCCAAGCCUUCGUUCGCUCCGGCGAGGUCGAUGUCAUGUAUGCGGAUCCCCUCGUCAAGCAGAGCACGGUGCCUGUUGCGCCUCGCCUAGCUGAUGAGAAGUGGAACCGGGAGACUCUCGAAACGUUUGAUAUGAUCAUCGUCGCUUUCCGUCAACACGGGUUGGACUUUGGUAUCAUGGACGAGCUUCGUCGCGUCAAGUUUGAGAUGUGGUGCCCGUGAUUUUCUCUGUGGCUUCUCAUUUCCUACUCAGAGUUGUUUCCUCCGGCGCUAUUAGAGAAGAGGUCAGAUGUUUUGGGUUCUUCUUAUUCGCAUUGGUUUGUGCUGAUGGACUGGCGGGGCAAAAUUGCAUAAAAUGAAGGCUUGGAUAAGAGUGUGAUCAUAGACUUAGACGUGCCUUCGAUGGCAGUCCAAAUAAUAAUCAU